AUGCUCCAGCGAGGCGAGCCUGCUGCCGCUGGAGAGGUACGCACCUUUGCGGAGCUCGGGCUUCGGCAUGAGCUUUCUGCGGCCCUGCCCUUCACGGCUCCGCUCGAGAUCCAGCGGCUCGCGUGGCCACACCUCGCGGGCGGCGCCGACGCGAUCCUCGUCUCUGAGGCGGGCUCGGGAAAGACACUCGCGUAUCUCCUCCCGCUGCUGCACGCAAUGCUCGAGCGGGCGGGCGGCGGUGAGCAGAUUGGGCGGGCGGGCGGCGGCGAGGCGCCAUCGCCGUCGAGGACGGGGCGGCUCCUGCUGGUCGUCCCGACCUCGGUGCUCUGCGAGCAGCUGCUGGCGCAGGCGCGGGCGCUGCUUCAGUGCUCGCCGCUCUCGGUCGCCGCGGCGAGCUCCGACCACGCGCGAGGCUCGCACGUCGUGGUUGGGACGGCGACGGCGACCGAGUUUGUGCGCGUGGCUGACGACGCGGAGCGGGCGGCGGAGCUGCUGAAGCUGGCCUCGCGCGCCGCGCGCGUCGCCGAGCAGCUCCGCGCGUCCGGCUGCUCGUGCUUUGCCUUUCACCCGAGCCUGUCUGCUGGCGAGCGGGAGGCGGCGCUGGCGGGCUUCGGCGAGGACGAGCGGGGCCUGCUCGCGCCGCACAUGGUUGCGCUCCUCGAAGAGACAUUCAGGCUUCGCAUCUGUAUCGCAUCUGUCUCGGCUGCGGGUCGCGCGGUGAGCCUCGUAGACAGCCAGUCCGAGGCGGAGCUGGCUCUGGUGCGCGAGGUGGAGCGGUGCGUCAGCGGGAGCAUCGUCAAAGUGGUCCUCUUCAACUGA